AUGGGUGGUGAAGGGGGAGAGCACCAGGAGAGUAUGCGGAACCUGAAGAGCGCAGGAAAUAUGGCAUCUUCAGCUGCAAUAAAGUUAGCAAAGAAGGAAUUGCGUUCUGCCAUGAAGCAGAAACUCUCCACAAUCAGCCAGGAAUCUAUUAAUGUCCAGAGCACAGCGGUUUUCGAAAGGAUCACAAGCUUUAAAGUAUAUCAAAAUGCAAAACACAUUGGGGUCUACUUGUCAAUGCCCACUGGAGAGAUUCAGACAGAUGCCAUUGUUCGCCAUGCUCUUGAAUCCGGAAAACAAGUCUUCGUACCCUACCUUCACAAGUCUCAGACUCCAUCGCCUAACACCCCACGCUCAGUGAUGGAGAUGGUAGACCUUCGUUCGCUUUCGGAUUAUGAUUCCCUGACGCGAGACGGCUGGGGAAUACCUACCAUUGACGCAGAAAAUAUCCGAGAACGAGAGCAUAUACUUGGGAACUCAACGAAGAAAGAGACCCGGCAGCUAGACAUGAUCCUGAUGCCAGGAGUGGCCUUUGAUACGGACCCGGAAAGUGGAUAUGUGAGACGUCUUGGUCACGGAAAGGGGUUCUAUGACUAUUUCCUGCAUAGAUACAUGCAAGGUCGAGGGUCACAGACAAAGGAACCACCAGAGAGUCCAGGAGCAGAUGUAUUGUUGUAUGGUCUAGCUCUUCAUGAGCAACUUAUGCAGGCCGAGACUGAUCCGCCUGUGCCUAUUGGAGAGCACGACCAUCUUCUGCACGGGUUGUUGGUGGGAGAUGGAAGACUCGUGCAAGGCGCUGCAUGA